AAUAUUUUCCAGGUUGCUUCACUACCAGCUGAUCAGCUGAGCACUGCAGAGGAAUGAUUGGUUACGUUGGAGAAUUCCCCUCAACCUCAUGUGAUAUAUCAUCACCACAACGUUAUUUAUACAUCAGUCAGUGAGGUUUCUGAUUACUGCUGAGACUUGUUAUCGGGCUGCGCUGUUUGAUUUCUGGUGCUGCUUUGAAAAUCUUUUGCUCUGCGCAGUCAUUCUCACGUCCCCUUUGCCAAGACCUCUCGGGAUUCGUGCUUUUGGACUGGCAGGGAUUCACAAAAUGGAUUCCAUCUACCUCAUAGGGAGUCUCUGUCUGCUGUCCCAGAUCGCAGGGUUACACGCCGAGGAUGUGAAGUGUGUGGAAGCAAAACCAUCCAUAGAGGCCAUAAUUGGAGAUGACGUAUCUUUGCCAUGUUUCUUUAGUAACCCGAGUGAGAUCCAAGGAAUGGCAUCAGUCUCCUGGCAGAUGGGGCUUGGCAAUGAUUCUAUCGUCGUGCAUGCAGAGGACAAGGCGGGAGUGAAUGUGGAAUCGCAGGCUGAUGUGUUUAAAGGACGCACCAGCCUCUCACAUUCCUGGAAUGUAACGGGUAACGCAUCCCUGACCAUCACUCAGAUAAAAGCCACAGAUUCUGGAAAAUACAUAUGUUUCAUUAAAGGCCAAUAUUUCGCCAUAUCAUGUACCCGGCUGGAGCUGACAGUGCGAUCAGGAGCAUUUCAACCCUGUGGGCAUCUCUCUGCUUGGAUCGUUCUCCUGCUCCUUCCACUGACCAAGAUUCUAACAUGAUCAUCGUUCCUCUUUUCCUGCGGCUGUGACCAGCGGCUCUUCCCUUGCUGCCUUACAAACCCCUACCACGGCACCCCCCUCCCCUGCCACCCAACAACCCCCUCCGAGGGAAGCAGAAAACACAUUGAUACCUGCGAAACUCCUGAUGUCUUCCACUACCAACCGCCCCCCCCACAACCCCAACCCCCAACUAGCUGGGCAGUCCAGGACGCGGGAGUCAUGUUCUCAGGAUAAAGGCUCAGACAUUUUCGACAAAGAUGAAGAGGAGUGUCUUCACUCAGAGAGCUGUGGACAUUCAUUCACCAACAUCAUUCAGGACAAAGACGGAUAGGUUUUUGAACACUUAAUGUAAUCAAGGAAUGGGGGCUGGCCGGGGGUUGGGAUUGAUACAAUGGGUGCUAUUCAUGCAGCUAAACGAUAGUGUAUGUGCUGCAUGUUAUUGUAAUGUAUAGGGGCUCAUAGAGGAAGAGUGUUAUAAGCAUUUGCUUUCAGAGAAUUUCCUGCCACUUCCUUCCCAUGAUAAACUUUGCAGCCCGUGGAUUCCCAGGAUUCUGUUUUGGGACCAUUGCUUUAAUCAACGACCAAUGUAGCAUUCUGUGUCAAAAUGUUCAUCAGGUACCUUAUUGUCACGUAAGCUAUUAGCAAUGUGCGUCUUAUUUAUGUAUACAAUAAAGAACUCCACAACAAAAA